GUGAGAGCAGAGAUUUUAUUUUCCUGAGUUCGGCGAAGAAGAGUGAAUACGCCUUCAAGAGGUUUUUGUUUGGGUUCUUCCUUCUUCAUUUCCUAAUAUUCACAAUGAUGAACCAUCUCGUCCGUAGAAGCUCCGUCGGUUACACCGCCUUGAGGUCCGUUGGGUACCUCCGGCAAUCAUCCGUCGCCUCUCCAUCUCCGAUUUUCUCCGCCGCCGCAGCAACCGUCCGCCAGUUCACCUCUGCCGGCUAUCCUUCCAACAGCUUUCAGUUGACGCCGCCGGUGAACUGGGGAAUCCGGAUAGUACCGGAGAAGAAGGCGUUUGUGAUUGAGCGGUUCGGUAAAUUCGCCAAGACAUUGCCGUCGGGGAUUCACUUCCUCAUCCCGUUCGUGGAUCGCAUUGCUUAUGUUCAUUCCCUCAAGGAAGAAGCAAUCCCGAUUCCGAAUCAGACUGCGAUUACCAAAGACAACGUUAGUAUCCACAUCGAUGGCGUUCUCUAUGUCAAGAUAGUGGAUCCUAAAUUAGCUUCAUAUGGCGUUGAGAGUCCCAUCUAUGCUGUUGUGCAGCUGGCUCAGACCACAAUGCGUAGUGAGCUUGGUAAAAUCACGCUUGAUAAGACCUUCGAGGAACGAGAUACUCUCAACGAGAAGAUAGUGGAAGCCAUCAAUGUUGCUGCAAGGGACUGGGGUCUUCAGUGCCUUCGUUAUGAGAUUAGGGAUAUUAUGCCCCCUCAUGGAGUGAGGGUUGCUAUGGAGAUGCAAGCUGAAGCUGAGCGUAAAAAAAGAGCCCAGAUUCUUGAGUCUGAAGGAGAAAGGCAAGCCCAUAUCAAUAUUGCUGAUGGUAAGAAAAGCUCUGUAAUAUUGGCAUCGGAAGCAGCAAAGAUGGACCAGGUGAAUCGAGCACAAGGUGAGGCAGAAGCAAUACUAGCCAGAGCAGAAGCAACUGCCAGAGGUCUUGCCUUGUUAUCUCAGUCCCUCAAGGCAACUGGGGGCGUAGAGGCUGCGAGUUUGAGAGUUGCAGAACAAUACAUUCAAGCCUUCGGUAACAUUGCCAAGGAGGGUACGACAAUGUUACUUCCAAGUACUGCUUCAAAUCCUGCUAGCAUGAUUGCUCAAGCUUUGACAAUGUACAAAAGCCUUGUCAACAAAGGUCCAAGCAGCGAUCACCAAGAAACGGCAUCAGUGGAAGGAGACUGGGAAGACACGGAUGAGAAAGAAAUAUCAGAAGGCUCUAAAUACCGAUCAGGCACAACAACAUUCGACUCAGAGAAGCCAGGUCACACCGGUGUACCACGGUUCUCUCUUCAGAGUCGCGACAAGGAGCCAUAGUAGCCAGCCAAACCAAGGAUGAGAUAAUUCUUUUGGGUACGAGAAAACAGAAAGCCAUCUUUUCAGCUUUCAAAUAUGAGACACUGUCGGUCUUCCUCGUUUGAGCGGCUAUAAUAUCUUCAUUUUGCAAAUAGAAAACAUAUCUGAACAUCGGUUUUCUGAAAGAGGUUCCCCAAAUGAUUUGGUCUGAACAUUUAACAGCGAAAGUCAGUUAUCUUGUGACUCUUUUUUUGUUUUGUUAUCCAGUUCGAUUGUA